AUGGCAUCAAACAUUGAUAAUAAAAAUCCAGUUAAUAACAAAAAAAAGUGUGCUUUACAUCCAAGUAAAAAUAUAAAAGUAUUAUGUUUACAAUGCAAAUAUAUUCCAUGUUGUAUUAUAUGUAUAUCAAGUAAAGGAGAACACCAUGCUCAUAAAACUGAUCCAAUAGAGUCAAUAAAAAAUAUUCUUUCAUUUGUUAAUAGUUUUAAAGAUGAUGUAUUUCCAAAAGUAAUUGAAAGGAUUGAAAAUAAUGAAAAAAUAUUGCAAGAAUCAAAUGAUAAAUUCAAUGAAAUCAAAAUUCAAUAUGAAAAAAACAAUAGUUUGUUAAAAUCUGAAAUGAAAAAAAUUCAUAUUUCAGUUCAAUGUAUUGAAAAUGAUAUUGAAAAACAACUAGAAACCAUAUUCGAUUCAAAUACACUAAUUAAUCAAACUUUGGAUUCAUCAAUCAAUCAUGAUAAUGAAAAACUCUUAUCAAUUUUUAAUGACCAAGAAAAUAAUACCGAUACUCUUAAAACAACAGAUACAUUAAAAAAUCAUACUACUUCAUUAAUUGAUGAAGCAAUAUCACAUUUUAUUAAUAAUAAUAAUAAUAAUAAUAAUAAUAAUAAUAAUAAUAAUAAUAAUAAUAAUAAUAAUAAUAAUAAUAAUAAUAAUAAUAAUAAUAAUGAAAAUAAAAGUAAAUAUGAGGAUAAUGAUAAAAAAUUCAUUGAAAAGUUAAAUCAUUUUAUUAUAAACAAUAAAAAUCAAGAAUGUUAUGAUGGGGGUGAAGAUUUUAAAGUAGAUACAGGUAUAAUUGAAAUAAUUAAAAAAUAUCAAGAAUCAUUAAUAAUUUUAAAUAACCAAGUUCAUAUAGAUAAUUCCAAACAAUUAAAAGAAUACAAUAAACAAACCAUAAUUUUUAAUGAAAAUUUAAUAAAUGAUAUUCGAAAUGCUUUAAAAUUAAAUCAUUCCAUUAUUAAUAGUAUUCGUAUUUUAAGAAUUAAUUUGAAUAAUAAAAAUAACAAUACAAUUGAAAAUAAUUAUCAUAAAAUGAAAAACCAUCAACAUCAAUCUCGUCCUUAG